AUGAAGUGCCUGAUUCUCCUUUCCGUCAUCGGACUAGCUGCGGCUGGCACACUCCAGGGUUACAGCCUGCCGGGGUCAGGAAGCGGAGGGUUCACCCAUGGUCAUUCGGGAACAUUUAGCCAGGGGACAACCUUUGGUCAUGGAAGUACAUCGUUUGGACAGGGAAUUUCGUCGGGAAGUACUUCCUUUGGACAGGGAAUUUCGUCGGGAAGUACUUCCUUUGGACAGGGAAUUUCGUCGGGAAGUACUUCCUUUGGACAGGGAAUUUCGUCGGGAAGUACUUCCUUUGGACAGGGAAUUUCGUCGGGCAUUUCCUUUGGAACUUCAUCUGGAACGACCAUCGGUCACGGAACAUCGUCAGGAUUAACCUUUGGAACAAACCAGGGUCUUUGCGGAGGUGGACAGGUGCGCCACGUGGAUGGAAGGUGUGUGACGCCUCGUGUGAACCGUCGCGUCUUUCUGUACGACGUUCCUUCCAACGUCCAGACAAGCGGACCUGUUAACAUCCCCGAACCUCGUGUGGAGACUAACGUCCUCCUGAUCCGCACGCCCGAAGGAGGCCUUGGGCCGCAACCUGUGGUCAUUCCUCCGCCUAGGCAGCAACACGUGGUGUACGUUCUGAACAAGCAGAGCAGCCAAGACCAGCGGGUGAUCGAGGUACCGUCUGCUGGCCCUUCAACCCCUGAGGUUUACUUCGUCAACUACGCAGACGGAGAGAACCCAACUCUUCCAAGCGGGGUGGACCUCCAAACUGCUCUUCAGUCAGCAAGCCAAGGCGCAGGUCAGAACGUCGGCUCAGUAAGCUCGUCAGGCCAUUCCAGCUCUUUCGGCGGCAGUCAGUCCUUUGGCUCAGGAACUCAGGUGUUUGAUUCAGGCUCAUCCUUCGUUAGCCAUGAUUCAGGCUCAUCCUUUAUUAGCCAUGAUUCUGGCUCAUCCUUUGUUAGCCAGCCCUCUGGCUUGUACACACAGCCCUAGACGGCUUCCACUGUUUUAUGCAGCGACAACCAUUGUGUAGAAUAUUUCACACACACAUAUAUGCAGACAUAUUUAUACAGACACACGCACAUAUAGAGAGAUAAAUAUAUAUAUAUAUAUAUAUUCUAUUACAAUGAAAUAAAAAAAAAUAAGUACA